AUGAGCGAAAGCCAAAAGCUCCUGCAUGAGCAUCCUUCAGACAGUGACUCUGAAUUAGGACCCGAAAUCAAACCAAGUCCGCGACAUUUAUCGCCAUCGCCUUCAUCGUCGCGAGCUACGUCCACCUCCCCAGCGCCCCCAGGGUCACGUCCAAAUGGCGGGAUCAAGCGGCAAUCGUCCUUUGCACAACAUCGCCCAGAUGGCACUCCGAGAACCCCGAACCGCGUCCGUUUCGAAGAGCCGAGGAGGAGCAUGAAUGGACAUGCAAACGGCAGCGCCGACUGGGUAGAGUUGGACGGAGAUGAUUACAUGAAUGACGGAGAGGGGCAGGAGACACAGCGGCUGCCUCUGCUCACUGGUAUCGAGGCGCCGAGUGUCACGGUGGCCGAGCAGAACUUCAACCCAGAAGACCACCUGGAGAGCGCACGGCCACGCAGCGGAAUGCGAAGCGCAUUCAUGAAUAUGGCCAACAGUAUAAUAGGGGCUGGUAUCAUUGGCCAACCGUACGCUAUCCGCAAUGCCGGCCUGUUGACAGGAACCGCUCUGCUCAUCGGCCUCACAAUCAUCGUAGACUGGACAAUUCGACUCAUUGUCAUAAACUCGAAGCUCAGCGGGACGGAUUCUUUCCAGGCGACGGUACAACACUGCUUUGGGAAAUCCGGGCUCGUGGCUAUAUCCCUCGCGCAAUGGCUCUUCGCCUUUGGCGGCAUGGUAGCCUUCUGCGUUAUUGUCGGUGACACGAUACCAAAGGUUUUGGAUUCAAUGUUUCCUUCUCUAGAAGACAUGUCCUUCCUAUGGCUACUUACCAACAGAAGAGCUGUCAUGAUUCUGCUCAUUCUCGGCAUAUCGUUUCCCCUGUCGCUCUACCGUGACAUUUCAAAGCUUGCCAAAGCCAGUGGCUUCGCCUUGGUCAGCAUGACCGUCAUUAUUGUGACUGUUGUUACACAAUCCUUCCGCGUUCCUGCUGAGGCCAGGGGCCAACUACGCGGCUCCCUCAUUAUCCGCUCGGGCAUCUUCGAGUCCAUAGGCGUCAUUGCUUUUGCUUUUGUCUGCCACCACAACAGCCUCCUCAUCUACGGCUCCCUGCGCAAGCCGACUAUCGAUCGUUUCUCCCGCGUCACACACUAUAGCACUGGCAUAUCCCUUGUCGCAUGUCUUGUCAUGGCACUGUCAGGUUACCUGACCUUUGGUGACAAGACGCUCGGCAAUGUGCUCAACAAUUUCCCCAACGAUAAUCUCAUGGUCAACAUUGCACGUCUGUUCUUCGGCCUCAACAUGCUUACCACACUUCCACUGGAAGCUUUUGUCUGCCGAGAAGUAAUGAACAAUUACUGGUUCCCCGAUGAACACUACAACCCCAACCGCCACAUAAUCUUCACUAGUUCGCUUGUGAUUUCUGCUCUCACGCUCUCCCUUCUCACCUGCGACAUUGGCGUUGUUUUUGAGUUGUUUGGCGCAACAUCUGCUUGCGCGCUCGCAUUCAUUCUCCCACCUCUCUGCUACAUCAAACUGUCGCAAAAAAGCACAAUGACAUACGUAGCUGGCGCUGUAGUGGCAUUUGGAUGCACUGUUAUGGUCAUUAGCAUCCUCAAGACUACGAGCAAGCUCGUGGUUGGUCAAAGUGACCAUGCGCAAUGUGGGUAA